ACAUAUGGCCGUAUUGUUUCGUUUGUCGAUGAUGAUGUUUUCUGUGGUUUUGUUAUAUCUCUGCACCGUGGUCACGGCAGAUGAUCUGUCCGCACCGAAGAAUUGCAAAGAGAUUUGUAUCACGAUGUUUGAUGGGUCUGAAGAAGAUGCUUGUUCCCGAGGCUGUGAAUUCACUGAAUCUUGUGCUGAUACAUACAAGCUGGAUGCAAAACUAGUGGCUGCUUGCAAAGUAGGCUGUGAAACAAGUCUUGGUCGCUCGUCCAUUACAUUUAGACUUCUACCGAUCCAAAGCUUCUUCGGGACUUUCCUCGAUAGAAUUCGUCAGUUAUUUGGUGUAAAUGAUGGUCCGGAAGUCAGUCUGGAUAGCAAAGCUAGUAACGUGAACAGCAAUACAGGCUCAGAUUCUGGCAACCAUGUGGUUAUAUCACGUGUUCGCAUUUUACAUAACUUUGUUCCAUUUGAUGCACCCGAAAAUCUGCUGGAAUCAUUCGGCAUGAAACCACUCAUAAACUCACCAGAAUUUAUGCCACAAAAUAAUGAUGUCCAUCAUAAAGCGCCAAGAGUUGACGAUAGAAAUAUCAUCGGUUUCCGCACCAUCCAGGAUGAAGAUGAAUCAUAUGAACAUCGGCCUACAGCUAUUAGAAGAGUUACUUACUUCUUUCGACACAUUAUGCUUAAACCACUUCUCUUGCCAUUUCUUAUUGCACUGUUGCUUGUGAUACUCUUAUUAAUGGUGAAGCUGACCAUUCAUGCUUGUCGUUUACGAGAACAUCACAAUAUAGAGUAUACUCGUUUGCCGACGUAUAUUGAAGCGGUGAAUGUGAAGGUACCACUAUGUGAAGACAGAGUAAAAAGUGAGAAGUGUGAAAAAGCCCCAGUCGAUGCCUAAUUUCAAUGGAAUUUAUUUCAUUGAAUUCUCUCUCUGAAUAGUUGUGAUAAUAAAGACAUUAUUCUGUUACCGCUUCCAUAAUUACCACGUGCUCACGAACACUUAAACAUAAAAGUUAUUCGCACGUUUUGACGUUUUUUCUCACAUUUUUGUUGUGGAGCUUUGGCCUGUUAUCUUAUUGCCAUAAGACGUGGACUGAGAUAGUUUUUUUCUGGGCAUUGUUUUGAUAAACUUAGUUGUUCCUCACUUUCCGUUCUUCUUGCUACUGUUAACCUUCGCCAGUCAUUACAAUUCCCUUGCGGCUACGUUGUUCUAUGCAUUGUGUGCCUAAAUAAAUUUCUUCUC